AUGUGUUUUUUGGACCGGUGCAUGCUGGCGGGGAGAAGGGGUGCUGUGAUGAUGCAUGGUACAAGCGUGGCGCAGGCAAGUAAGUACUGCGUAGACGAGGGGGCAGCGUGUCCACAUGACACUGGACAAGCGUGCAAGAUGAGGGUGGUUAUUAAGUUUGCGGACCCGGACGGCGGCGCCCAAGCAAGCAGCCAUGCAUCGGAAGGAGCAGCCGGAGCAUUUUCUGUCAGUCUCAUGGCCAAGUUGGCGCCACAUACGUAUCCACAGCAGCGUUGGGCAACGAUGCAGGGUCCGAUUGCGCCUCUCUCUGGCAGACACGGGAUACGCCACCCGCACCGCUCCAGCUCUCGUCGACGCCACACGUCCCGCGCCAAUCAGGCCCGGGCCAAGCAGUGCGUGGAUGAGGCUUGUGUCGCCCGCCCGCGUUGGAACCACACCAUAGGCCUCGUCCAUGGGCCAGAACAGUCGGCCUCAGCGCAACGGGUCGAGCGGAGGGAGAAGGGCGGCGGGGGCAUCGGAAGGGCAGCAGGCGAUCUCCAAUCUAGAUCCUAG